AGAUGACUUCCUGUUUUCCGUAUGUACGUACGCAGUCAACUGUUAUCGCCUUUUACACAAACAGCAAUUUGAACUGGGUGCAGUGAUGAAUGGCAGCACUUGGAUCCAACACAUUCCUAUGUCAGGGGAGUAACACACAGUGCCAAUGGUGGUGAGGAAUAAAACAAAACUCGGUACAAUGGUAUGGAUAAUAUGUCAGAUACCCGGGCGUGUGUUCUUCUAUAUCAGAUCUAGGAGAUUGGUGAGGUUUUUCUUUAUGGUGCUUGUACUAUUUCUCUAUUGUGAAUUCCUCCAUUAUUUCUUCGUUCUACUGAUGUGUAAAUGGCCAAAAUUACCCCAAAGUGAAGGGUUUAUAUAUGGAAAUGGUGAUGUCAACAAGCCAGUAAAAGCCAUGAUAAUAGCAGACACUCACAUACUGGGAUCUAAGACGGGACACUGGUUUGAUAAAUUGCGAAGAGAAUGGCAGAUGGAAAGGUCCUUUCAGACUAGUAUGCUGAUCCAUAGCCCUGAUGUGGUUUUUAUUCUAGGUGAUUUGCUAGAUGAGGGCAAGUGGGCCAAUGAUGCAGAGUUCAAAAAGGAUGUUGCCAGAUUCCAAAAAAUGUUUGCAACACCAAAAGGUACAGCUACCAAAGUUCUGGUAGGCAAUCAUGACAUUGGAUUUCACUAUAUGAUGGAUGAACAUAAACAUAGACGUUUUGAGAAAGCGUUUUCCUCGCCUCUCGUCCAGCUGUUUGAGUUCAAUGGAAACCUGUUUGUGUUGAUGAAUAGCAUGGCGAUGGAGGGGGAUGGAUGUAAGUUGUGUGCCAAGGCAGUCACCUCAUUGGAAGAAAUCUCAUGGCAGCUCAAGUGUGCAGAGGGACAAACUUCCCAAAAAAGCUCACCACCCAUAUGUGAUGCCAUGGAUAAACUAUCGUACUCUCCACCAAUAUUACUACAGCAUUUUCCUAUGUACCGGCCUUCAGAUGCAAACUGUAGUUUACCAGAUUCUGCACCCCCUGAUGAAAAGGAUAUUCCUUUCAAGGAGAAAUGGGACUGCCUGUCUGAAGAAUCUAGCCAUCAGGUUUUUGAUUGGAUCAGACCUCGCCUUAUCUUAAGUGCUCACACACACCAUGGAUGCUAUCAUCUCCAUGACAACGCUGUUCCAGAGUGGACAGUUGCCUCCUUUAGUUGGCGCAACAAAAACAAUCCUACAUUUUUACAGGUGGUGCUGUCCCCAGAUGAGUUUGCUGUGGAGCAGUGCUACCUUCCCAGAGAAACAACUGUGAUUACUAUUUAUAUAACCGGGGGACUCAUAGCUUUGCUGCUUCUGCUUUUUCCUCACAGACCUACUAGCCCAGUGACAGAUUCAGGAUGGGUCAAUAAAUCACACUGACCAACACGGUGGUCAGUACAUAAGCCAUGCUGACCAAUAGAAAAUGAAGGGCUAAUAUUUUCAAUAUACAGUGACACAGUGAUCCAUUCGGAAUCCCCAGUAAGUCAUGCUGAUUGAAGGAGAAUAUAAAACAAACCAAUCACUGGUCAAUAUUUUAAUCACACUGACCAAAACAAAUGGCCAGUUAGUCAUAAUAGAAAUUGAAAGUCAAAAUAUCUGGAUACUUAAAAACUUUACUGUGAUCAAAAGCAAUUAACACAAAUAGUCAUACAAACACGUAAGGAGAUAAAUAUGUUUUAUGAUAAUUACUCAUGUGAGCCAGUAAAUAACACUGACCACAACAGUAGGGUACUAAGUCAUGAUAAAGUCAGUGUUCAGAAAUGUCAGUUUUGCAGCAUAUUGCCAGAUCCUUGUGUUUUGCAUAAAACAUGCCUCAUUAUCAUUCAGAAGCAGAAAUUGUGAACUGUUACCAAAGACAUAUACAUGUGAUGGUAAUUUACCUGUGUUUGUAAUUUACCUCUGUAAUGGUAAUUGACCUGUAAAGUAAUUUUACCUGUGUUGGUAAUUUACCUGUAUUGGUAAUUUUACCUGUGCAGGUAAUUUACCUGUAAUGAGAAUUUACAUGUGAUGGUGAUUACCUGCAUUGGUAAUUUUACCUGUUAAGGUUUAUUUACCAGUAAUGGUAAUUUACAUUUGGUGUAGUUUACUUGUGUUAGUAAUUUUUAGAAUUUACACACACCUUACAUCAUCAACAUGUAUACAGGAAUGCUCUAUACUCUGUUUGUCAAAUACACUGUUCUGAUAAACACUCUAAUACAAGUUAAUGAGUAAAUAUUCAUCAGUCUGGACAGAUACAACGCUUAUUUAACCUUUGACCCCUUACAAUAACCUUGACAUAGGGACACAGACCUUUAAACAGCACUUUACACUCGUUUCUAGUCAGAAUUUACACAUCCAUCCAUUUUGAUGGAAAUAUACUCAAAAGUUAAAAUCUAGACCAGCAUUAGAAUGGUUGACCUUUGACCUCAUGUUGUGACCUUGUCCUAUGGGACAUGCAUCUGUAAAUGCCACACAAUACAACAUCUAGUUCUGUAUAUAUGCAUGUAUCCAUUUUUACAUUUAUGAUCCGAUUAAACUUAAUCCAUGUUGAUUGCCAUACCGUACUGUGUCAAAUUUAAUAAGUAGGACACCAUUUUAAUGGACAUGUCAAGAGGAUCUAUUUAAACAAUCUUUUAUACUUGAGAAUGAUUCGGUGAAGUAAUGUCCAAUUGUAAGAAAAUUUGUUAUAUUUGUAAUUAUAUUUAAUGGUGUUAUUUUUGUGGGCUGCACAUUAAUGUACAAGUAUCAUGUAUCAUCAUAUGCUGCAUUGGUCGAAUGCAAUUUAUAUAAUGUUGUAUUUGAAAGAAAAUAUUAUAAAGAGCACCUUUAGUCAGUCUAUUGUGUUGUAUACAAAUGAAAUGACAUUAUUGGUGCUUCUUUACUGUGUUGGCUACCAGGAAAUCGGUCUAAACACAUUUUAUUCCACCGGUGUUAAGUAUUCCCACCGCUGCCACCAAAUGUAGUGUGUUGGCAUGCACCCAGCCACUGACAACGCUCAACGUUGCUUAACUAUAGAAUUCAUCCCUGGGUUAUUCUGCAUAGAUGGAAUAGUUAGAUUGCCAAUUAGGCACUCCCUCUUAUUCUUAAGCUAUUACACUAUUCAGCAUGUAUGUUGUUACAUAAAGUUACUUAUGCUCAAUUUUUGUCUUUUGCCUUGCAUAAUUAUAUUUGGGAUGCAUUCAAAAGGAGAUUUAGACAUUUUUCUUCAAUUUCAUGAAUUUAUUUUCAAAUGUUUCCAAGAAAGCACAUUCCAUUUUCUUAAUUCUAUUAUAAAUACUAUGAAACAAAAGCGGGCUUCACAUUAUCUUUACAAAAAGUAAAGAAAAACAGAGAAAAAAAUCCAGGAUGGUGCUUUACUCAUAAUACUGGAGGAGGGACCCUGGGGGCUUUGGACCCUUAAAACUGGAAUUAGCCCUUCCUGAUUUCCACUUUGUUUUCAUUUUGUUUGUAAGAGCCCCUCUAAUUAUCUCACCUGGUCUGAAGGACCAAGGUGAGCUUAUGC